CACUCGCCGCUCGCCACUCUCCCAACAUUCACGCGUUCCUCUGCAGUGCCCGCAUACGGUUCUGCAAAGACAGAGUUUGCAAACCGGAGCCUCUUCUUGCGUCAAACGGAACAGCAUAUGUUCUAAUUUCUAAAUACUAAGUCACCAAUAACAACGCCAUCAACAUGACUCCUAAAAUUGGAAAUUAAACAGUCAGUCCGUAAUGGUCCAAGCCCAAGCCUCUCCAAGCCGAGCCGAGUGGGCUCCCCAAUUCCCGACGCAAGUUAACCAUGCCAACGUAACCUCCACGCGCUUUCGCCCCCGGCGACCUCACCGUACCUUCCUACACAUGCGGCUCACGCGUCUGUCAACAGCCGGCGCAUCAUCGCCGCUCAUGUUCUCCCUCACACCGACGCAACUUCUUCUCCUUGUUCCGUAUUUGCCCCUAAAACCCAUCCCUAUCUACCACAAACCCAAACCCACAACCACAUCUCUACAUCUAUCUCUGUUUCACCGACCCACCUCCAUCAACGACGAUGGGUGACCUCACCGAUUCUCUCCCCCCCUCCACCGCCCCUCAGCGUUCAGCCCCCUUUCGCGAGGAUUGCUGGAGCGAGGACGCCACUUCCACUCUUGUCGACGCCUGGGGCCGCCGUUACAUAGAACUCAAUCGCGGUAACCUCCGUCAGAAGGACUGGCAGGAGGUGGCUGAUGCCGUUAACGCACGUCAUGGCCAUGUGAAGAAGGCUCGCCGGACGGAUGUUCAAUGCAAGAACCGUAUCGACACCAUUAAGAAAAAGUACAAGAUCGAGAAAGCUAGGGUUACCACUUCCAAUGGAGCCCUAACCAGUUCCUGGCCUUUCUUUUCCCGCUUGGAUGCCCUAAUCGGACCCACCUUGUCCGCAAAGAAGCCUUCCUCGGCUUCUCCGCCAUUAGCCCUUCCUUUGCCCUACUGGAAGACGCCUUCUCCGGCAGCCCCAUCGGCGUCCGUUGGGGCUCUGCCGCAGAAACGCCCGAUGCCGGCUGUUGAUGAUUCGUAUUUUCGCCGCAACUAUUCGGCCGUUGCAGCGGCGGCAGCGGCAGAGGCAGUGGACGAGGACGAGGACGAGGAAGAGGAGGAAGAAGAGUCGAGGUGGAGCGCUGAGCGCAGCGGGGACGUAGAUGGGAUGAGGCAGUUGGCGCGGGCAAUAGAGAGGUUUGGGGAAAUAUAUGAGAAAGUGGAGGCAGAGAAGCAGAAGCAGAUGUUUGAAUUGGAGAAGCAGCGAAUGCAGUUUGCGAAGGAUGUGGAGUUUCAGAGGAUGAAGAUGUUCAUGGACACCCAGGUUCAGCUUGAGAAGAUCAAGCGAGCCAAGAGGUCGGGUUUGAAUGGAUUCUUCUCACUUAAUGGAGAUGGAGUUCGAAGGACUUCAAGGUUAUCUAUUGAAUGCUUAGGUUGAUCCGAGGAUGAGCAUUUGAGGAAAGUUCUUGUUAGACUUGCAAUUCAUGGAAAUAGUUUUUUUUUUCCUCUCCGUGUUUUAGUCCCAGAGGCAGUUUUGCUGCAGUUUUCUAUUUAAUUUGGCAUUUAUCUAGAUGCUUAAUGGAGUUCAUCAAGAUCUGGUUUGCAUUCUUUGGUGUUGAAGACCAGGCAUAUAGGAGGCUGGUUCCAUUGCCUGUAUUUGGUGCUUAUCACUAAUGUAAAAGUUUUGCUAAUCUGUUGGUCCUCUAUCCAGAUUCUGAAGCUGUGAACAACUUCAGUCUUCUCUACAAUUCUGGAGGCCUUACUCCUUGGUGGCUUCAUAAGCUGUGAAUAAAGGCAUGUAAUAUGGUACUAGUAACUCAUGAUCGAUUCAGCUUGGUGUUAGGCUCAAGAAAGCUGCCUAAGAAUUGUAAUCUUGCCGUUUCUGAUAUAGUUUGGGUUGCUGCAUGUUCAAUUUUCUCUAUCCUUCUUUAUACAUAUCUUUCCAUUUCCAUAUGCUGGCAGAGGUUGACAAACUUAAUAAGCCCUACAGUGGGUUCAUAAGCUUAAUUUUUUGUUUGUUAGAUAAAAUUUGGAUGAUAUUUGCCCAAUUUCAGGGGAGAUUGGAGACAUGAUUACUGCAGUUUUUUUUUUUUUUGUUUCAAAUCCCUUUUCAUCAAGUGAAUUAGAAUUAUACCUCUAGAAUAUAUGGUUGUUAUCUGUUCUAGAAGCGAUUAAAACUAUUAUAAAUAGAACUAAAUAGAUGGACCACUGAAUGUGGUUGUGAGCACUGUCAUUUUUUUUUUGGCUACAUUUACAGUUGGCUUGCAUUGCUGAAAACCAGUUUGCCUUCAGAAUUGAUGUUUUAGAACAGAUUUGUUGUUCCUUUUUACAGACAUUUAUAGCUAGCCCUGUGGAAGAAAAGCUUGCGAAUAUCAACUGGAUUUUCAUAUUUAUCCCUACAAAGUACAUAGAGGUGCUGCUGAGUUUGUGAGAUGGGAAAUAUGGUAACAGUGAUAGUGCUCACAUCAGCAAAUCAGCGGCGGACAAGGUUGUUAGUAUUCUACUGAAUCAUAUACAUUCCUUUGUUCUUGCCUUUACUCUUUUUUUUUUUUCCUUUUUACUUGUUAUUUAUAAUGAGCAGUUCCCUUUGUUAACUCGUUGCCAUACUCAGAGUGAUGCCUGAGGUUGGUCUAAUUGUCCUUGAUUUUUAAUGUUAAUACCCUCUUAAUUUGGAA